CGCGAUUAUCAAAACGAGGAAAGCGCGGAAGGUUUGCAACUUUGCAUGGUAACAAGUAAAAUGUCGAAAUGUUAAAUUUAAUAUAAUUUAUUAGCGCAAAGACAUAUUGCAAUAGAAAGACCAGAAUGAGUUACCUAUAAACCAUCAUGGUUUUUCAUAAAUCUUGUUUGCUACUGCUGCUGCUGAUUCAUGUCAUUCUAUUUGGUAAAGUUGGCCUAGCUACAGGGCAAGCGGCAACCUGUGCAUGUGAUCUGACUGAAAAUGGAUGUGAUCCGAAUUGCUGUUGUGAUAAUGACUGCACAGCUGCUGACAGAUCUUCAUUUACAUUUUGCAAGAAUGUUGACUUGAAUCAAGAUGACAGAGUCUGUGUAUCAAACCAGAUUAUUGAAUUUGCUAAUGCUAAGUACAGGACAUCUGCUACGGGAUCUGGAUUGUUCUGUAUCCAUACUGAUAACUAUGCAGCAAGGAACUUCUACACAACUGUACAAACUGCAACAACUGUCUCUAGGUUUGAUGAGCUGCUUAAAACAUAUGGAAAGACCAGUUUUGUACCAUCACCUUUGCCUACAAGAAGUUAUGUUUCUUCCUCAAUAUACAAGUAUGGCGACCCGGUUAUUCUCCUUUUUGAAAGCAAUGUUCAAGGUUACCUUGCAUUUCCAAAAUCUAAUGUUGGCAAUUCAGAAUGUGAUGAUGAAAACCCAGCUGGGUUUAUGAAAAACGAGGACUCAGCGUGCUCGAGAUAUAUCAGAGAUCUUGCUUCACAAUGCAUCAGCGACAGUAGCUUUAAUGCGCUGAGCUAUUACACGCAGUUCAAGUUCCUUCCGGGACCGUCCUUCCUUGCAGAAAGGGUUUUGUAUAUACAAGAGAACGUAACUAUCACAACAAGCAUCAUUCAACCGACACCGGUUGCAACCAAUGCCGGUAUUUCAGUAAACAGAACCGCAUCAUCAGUAUUCCCGUCUCCCAGUCCUGUAGCAAACUCCACUGGAACAACCACAAAGGCCACAACGAGAACCAUAUAUACCUUGGUAUCAUACAACGACCCUUUGCUUGUGUCAGCGUCAUUGCAACAGCCUAUUGUUUGCCAAACAACCUCUGGGGUGCAAGGAAAUUGUUCAUUUGUUGCUCCUUCGAAACCGUCUUACAACUUCACUAGUAAUGUUUGCCAGAACGUCCUGUUGAAAGCAUCAUACAUCGUAUUUUACGAUACGAACUCAACAGCUCUAAACGUCUCUUCGGUCAGCGUCAAUUUGGUUAUGGGCGAUAUACCAUCAACGAUGACAUCUUUUAAGCAAGAAUUCUCAAUCCGGUUCCAAAAGGUUGGAUCACAAUCUACAUUUUCUCGAAGCGGCAAUCCUGGUUACGUUCAUGGACGUCCAAUUUUGGCUGGCACGCUACAGACGAACACACAGCAGAAGAAAGAAGCUAUAAUCUUAAAUAAAGAUCCGAAUAAAUGGUUAACUGUCAUCAAAUCAUCGUCCGAUGCUUGUGGUGUGACCUCGCAAAGGAUGUCGGUUAAAUUUGGCAUCAACAUUAGGACAGGAUGUUUUAUCAGCAUCAAAAGAGUAAUGACUAACCAAGAAUGCAGCCUGCUUCAAAGCAACAUCUACAAUAGCCUGUUGGGCAGCUUCCCAACUCACGUUGCAAUGUACGGUAAUUCUGCUGUUACAAAUACUGCUGACUGGGUGCCGAUUAUCAACAGCCAGCCGCAAACACCUCCAUCUUCUGUAAACGGUGAGUGCACAAACAUGAUACUAGGUGUUCAUUUUGAGAUCCUCCAUGGCAGCACUGGAUAUCUUGGAAACCCACAGUCAAGGGUCAUUGGUUUCCGAGUGAAGUAUGACUCUCCAAAGACGAUCAGUUUUCUUUGCAUUGGUCCGUACUGUCAGCCAGGAUCCUCUAAUCUUCAAACCCAGCAAAUUGAAGUGUCUCAGUCCGUCUCUUUCAUCGAUGUAUCGACAAGUCCUGAAGCGCAAAUGAAACCGAAGCCCAAUUUCGAAGGAAAGGCACCCUAUGACUUCUUCUACCCAUUCGUUUGAUCAAAUGCUGUUUCCAUCAAGAAUUGAUGGCCAAAUACCAAGCUAGAUGUUCAUUGGUGCAAGUAAAAGCUCGGGUUCACGCAGCAAGUCGCAGGUGGCUUCAAGCCCGCGGGUAAAUAUGUUAAAUAAGCGAAAUUCGUUAUUGCAGUUCAUAGACUGUUUUUUGGAAUUAAGAUCAUCGCGUUCAAAGUUCUGAAAAAUAGGAAAAUAAGGAUAUGAAACACUUUAAGUACGUUAAAGAACAAAGAUUUUAAACUGGAUAGCUUUAACUGGAUAGCUUUAAAAUUCAAACCGAUAUUUUAAAAGUAUGUUAAUUUAUGCUCAUGACGGUUUGCUAAAUUUGCGUGCAUUCUUCCUAUUUAUUUAUUUUCAUUUCAAAGCUUGCCUUUCGAAUCUUGCAGAAUGCAGCCGCAAAACUCUUUACUUUUAUGCUCUAAUAAUCCCAGUGCAGAAAAAACCUUUCUGCCAUGCAGCGCUUGAAAAUACCAAUCUGCCAUGCAGCGCUUGAAAAUACCUAUCUGCCAUGCAGCGCUUGAAAAUACCUCUCUGCCAUGCAGCGCUCGAUACCAUGAAGGCCAAGCACAGCAUACUUUGGCGAUCAAUAGUUUCUUGCCAGUUUUUGUUUCUAUACAUCGUCGCUAUUAAAUAUGACUUUUCAUGGAUUUCAAUUAUGAUAUUAUUAUAUGAAAUGAAACUAACUGUUUACCGGUCAGUCAUAAAGUGCUCGAUACAGUAUGGGCGAUACAGAACUGUGCACGCUAUUUGAUGUACAGAAGAAGAAAGUUCUAAGCUGCUAUUCGAAGUUUCACGCUUGAUGCGAUUAUCUAUGGAUUGAAUCUAUUUAUUGUAUAUUGAUGGCGUUAACAUUGACAGAAUAUGUUAUGGGGCAGAUAACUUUAUUUGCAAGUAAGAAGUUAAAUCCUGGUUUAUUUACUUAAAAAUACUCAGGCCAAAUGCUUCAAAGAAAUGUCAAAUGAAAUGUGAAUAAAAUCGCUGACAAGCAGUAGCAAAUAAAGAUGUUUUAAGCUUGAUUUGUUUCAAUGUUAUGAAUUUUUUGUUGGAAACAGUUUCCUGUUUCAUAGUUUUGGAGCUGCUGCAUCGAAAGGGCUACCCCUUCGCGUUUUGAUCGCUGUUUUCAAAACUAUCAACGCUUAAGGCUCAUUUUUUCUCAAGUUGUAUUUUCCAGUUUCAAUGUUCAACUUUUUUCAACUUAUCGUGCACCUUUUGUGGCUGCCAAUUUCCGCGCUUUCUGGAGGGUGAAUUAGAGUUUUUUCAAGUCCAACACAAUUGUUAGAAUGUAAUAGCCUAAUUGGAAGCUUACAUAUACCUGAACAAGUAUCUUUUUAUAAAGGAAUCCUUCUAUGUAGUAAAAAUCUUUUGAUUUUCAUCAAUGGUUGCUGCAGUUUCUUUCUUUGGCUACAGUGAUAAAAAUCAUUCUCCGUUUUGUCUUCUUACCCAAAGCUAAUCCUCUUUUCGCACCAUUCUCUCAAAUUUCUUCAAUCAAUUUUUCCAUCCUGACAAAACCCAACGAGAUGAUAAUUAAAGUAAAUUCUGAGAAACUGUUUUGUUAGAAAGCAGUCAAUAGGUAAAUUCCGGUGCGGGUCCUGCGUGUAUCUCGCGUAUCUCCGUAGCAAUUUGCAGACACGCGUGCCGUGCGUGUGCGUCUCCAAGGCCUAGCAGAGAACACCAGUUGUAAUAGCCAUCCUUUUUUCUAUUGUUACUUUGAUAAACGGUUUACAAAUUUUCAAUAGGCUUCUUUGCUCAAAGCAAACCUAUUCAUUUGCUUCAGAUAGUAUCACCCAGAUGCUGUUCACUUGUUUUCCAUUCAUCCGAACACGCGUUUCUAUUAUUGUAUUAUAUCUAAGCCCGGUGUCUGGCGAUCAAAGCAGGCAUAUGUCAGUCGAAUUCAGUUUUGUUAAUUAGAUAUUUCAGUAGGAGUCCCUGCUAAGAAAUCUGCCACUUAUAUGCGUUUCUGAUGUUCUGUUGUUGCUUAAAGGGAUUUAAAUCGGUUUAAAUGUUCAAAUAAUAGUUCACUAAUUGGCAACAAAAACUCUUUGAAGCUUUACACCUCGACUUUUUGUUAAAGAACAUGUCCUAGCUGUUUGUUCAUCAGCAUAGUUCGUGAAUCGAGAACUGUUUUCUCACGACUUAAGAAGUUUCAUUUCCUUGCUGUUUUUGAUGCAUUCAAAGUCAAGAGAAAGUUACGGCUGAACGCGAACGACUCCGUGAAAGUUUCUUAUAAACGAAAUGAUUUUUCCAACACCUAGAGCUCAUCUUCUUUUUUCUCGGAUUUUGUAAGUUCAGAGACGAUGGCUAGUUAAAUAAGGCGAUAUUAAAAUUUAAAAGGAAUAGGUGCGAUCGAACGGGGGCAUUUGUCAGGGGUAAAUGUAAAUGGGGUAAAUUGAUGGUCCUGCAACCAUCAAUUUAAACUUAAAGGGAAUGAACGGAUAUAAUAUGAGUUCUGGUUGUCUAAAGAUAACUUUGCCUCGAUUGUCCAGUAGGAAAAGUUGUUUAUAAGAUGGUUGCCAAUUUGCUUAGCUGCUUUACUGCCAAUUUUGUUUUUAUUGAAAGUAAUUUUUUCUUUCAAUCGAUUGUGAAUCAAACUUUUUUUCUGAAAUGCAGUAACAAUUCCAGCCAAAUAUCAUUAGAGCACAGUGUUGCUAGAAUAAUAUUUAGAAGAAUCAAAAUUUUCCACUCAGAGUAACAGAUAGCAAAAGAUCUCGAUUUAUGUUCUAACUAUGUUGGCUUAUUAGACCAGGCUUACAUCACACUGAAAUGAUUUCAUCGUGAAAAUCUCUGUCUGUUGUUGGCUUACAAUCUGGUUUCUCUAUUCUUUCCGUCUGCAUGUUAUAAAAGGGACACCUUUCUUUCUUCCUACUGAUACCUGUCUUUGAAAUUCCUUAGUAAAUAUGUUUUACACGGCUUGUGUCGAAAGACAGAUGAACCAAGGCCGCAUGCUUUUAGCUGGUGACCCGUGUACGUUUAGCUGUCAUCUUUCAUCUACUGGUGAUACACGUCCAUCAUCUCUCGUAAUUCUUAUACAAUAGUUCGAUAUGCAAAUAAAAUGUAAAACAGUAAGAAUUAGAGAUAGAUUUUACUGACAUUGAGAUGUAAAAGAAAAAGGACUUUCUCAGGGAGAAAUGAGGAUCCCGUCGAACCUUCAAAGGGUGCAAGAAACGGAUCUGAUUUAGUAAAUGUCCGGGGUACGUUUUUUGACUUGAAUAAGGUAGGAAAAGCCAAUGGGAAAAGAAUAUCAGUUCAAAUUAGUGAACAGCAAUGUGAGGGGGUGGUACAAUUAUAUAUAUGUCUUAUAUACAUUCUUGUGACCAUUUCAGGGUUGUAAAAGUUUACAAAAGUAAACCUCUUUGAAUCGUUCAAUGACAAAUACGUCCCAGCCUGAAUUACCUAAGAUUUUAGCCUAUUUUGUUUGCGAGCACUAAAUAUUUAGUUCUGCACUAUAGUUGAAAAUCGUAGCUAGGCUGCUUUUUAAGUGGUCUUUUUGUAGGAUUAAGAGCCCCUGCUUGUUCCAUGUUUCCUCCAAUUUUCUCUUGAAAUAUUCUAUUUUUAAGUAUAUAAUCAUUUAUAAUAUUUGAAUAAAUGCCGCGAUAUAUAUUCUGGUAGCCAAAAUCUUGUUUCACUACAGUGUAUUGAACCUAAAUUAGAUGAGCUCUCUUCAGUACUAGGUCAGGCCUUAAAGAUUGGUCAGGCAAACGUGGAAUAGAAGUCUAGUUACUGACGAGUGCCUAAGCCUGAUCUUUUGGUUGCUGCACUGGAAAAAGUAGCAACCAAAAGUAGCAAAAAAAGUAUCGAUAACAUUGCUACAAUAACAUUGCUAACAUUGCUUCUCCUGCACUGCCCCCAGUUUGACUCGAUAAAUGUGGACCUCUUCCGUCAACUCCCAAAAACCAAAUGGUGACAAAAACCAAACUCUAUUUUCGCUUGUACAUCAGUCCACACUUGCGUGUAUUUAUCAGCUGAGUAGUCAUGGAUGCCACAUUUCCAUACAUAAGAGCAAUUAAAUGCUUUUAAAGUAAGGGUUUUUUAUGCAUGUUGCGGCAGCUUCCCUUUUUCAGUCGCUGUAUUCUAUGUUUACUAUAAUGGUUAGUUUACUGUACGUAGAGGAAACACACAGCGAUCCCUGUGUAUUUCACUGUAAGGACGCCGUUUAGCUUAUAAAACUGGAAGAAUUCCUCUGACUAAAAACUGGUAGCCUUAUCACAUGGCAGGAGAUUGGCCGAGAUGGGUAAUUUUUAUGACUAUGGUUUCUCAAUAUGAGAAAUCUGUUUUGAGACAAAUAGUAAUUUGCUAAAUAUAUCGGAUGCAAUUUCUAAAUAUUUCCAACCAGAUCACCGUUUCAGGUAAUAAAAGUGUUUUCUUCCUGGGAUCCAGAAAAUAUCCCCUAGAAUUUCGAGGGUAGAUGUUGACAAAAAGUUCUCCUCAGACCUAACAUGACUGAUUACGCAUUUGUAGCUAAAACAGCCCGAAGAAGCCAAGGAUGAAUAUACGUUACUGUAAGAUUUUUUAUUAUACUGUAGUAUUUUAGACUACUUUUGCAAUGAUUUACAUUACUAUUGUAAAACUCUCAAAUAACGAGCUCCACUUUGAUUCCAUUGAAAAAGAGACGUAUUAGGAAAACUGCAAUGUUUUCAUUUUCCCAGCCUUACAAUUCACAAUGAGAAGAAGCAACGGCUUAUUACCUAGUUAUCAAAACUUCACAGCAAAAAUUCGCUUCGACUUUUGUGGUAUUUGUACAGUUGCGUUUGCGAAUGGAAGACACCAGAUGCGCCUUUCAAAACACAACUUUACUACAAUGCUAUUAUGUUCGAUCAUUCUACAUGUAAUGUUCUCUGCACGUGUGAUACAUUCGAAAACGCAUAUCGUUCGUAUUCGUGUAUCCACGGUGAUGGCUGCAGUCUUCGAAAUAUUCACUGCACUCUAUGAGUAUAGUUUCAGGGGCAAUGAAGUCACGUUGCUUGCACCUUUAUCAAAUCUUGGCAGCGCCGGCUGGCAAAACGCGCGGCUAACUGGUACCAGGUCUCGAUUGGUCAGCUGCGAGCAUCUUGCGAAUCUGAUUGGCUGAAGCCGGCUGGUUGUGCGGGUUUUUUAAAAUAAUAAUGGAUUGAAAGUUUUUCUACCUCCGAAACACCUGUUUCGAAAUUUACUUUAAAAGUGGAAAGGCCAAAGUCGCCUAAUUUACACAUUAUUCCGACGAAAUUGUUAACGAUAGAAGUUCUCAAGGGUAUCUCUCCUCUUGCCUUGCUUAUUUCAAGGCUACAGUGAGCUGUUCACUAAGUAUACUUACCUGAAAAGGGGGCCUAGCUUACAACACAGAGCAAGAUUGCAUAUAAGCGUCAAAGCUUGUGUCAGGGAACAACACUGGACUUAUAGAAGAAGCAAGGCACAGUUAGUUGGUUAGCAAGACAUGGAUUUAUGUAGCAAGCCCACGAAAAGUGAUUUAUCAGAGCUGAAUCAUUUGAUGAAAGAUGCUGCCGAGUACCAACGGUUACGGACGUUGAUUCCACAGCUAGCAGCCAAGCAUACUGUAUCAAAAAUCGAGGUCGUCGAAGAAGCAAUAAACUACAUAGCGCAGCUGCAGAGGACUCUUUCAAACUUACAUCAAGUUCCUUCUGAAGAGCUACAACAGCAGUUUUUAGAAAGAGAGAAGAAAAGAAGGCGCCUGAUAAGAGAAAGAACGAAAAAGGUCCCUUCGUAUCAACAGCAGAAAAGAAGACGAAAAGCGACCACUUUGUCACUUCGAAGCAGAAAGAAAAAGCAGUAAUCAAUUUGGACACGGAAAUGCAUCAUCAACAUCGGUAUAUGGACACCACAUUGCAUAAAUGACGUCAUAUGGUCGGGCGCGUAUAGAGCUGUGCCAUUAUAGCGACUGCAUUUUCACUGCUGGUGUUCUACAGAUUGUGGAAAGACACUUUGCUAGCAGGCCCACUAUCAAAAAUGCACAUUAAAGUCAAUGAUGUCUUUUGGUGAAUACAAUUCCCAUUCUUCAAAGCUAAAGAACUUUGUCACCCUAAAAAGGGGUGCCUGUAGAGUAAAUGUAAAUGGGAAAGGGGCAAAAACACGCUAAGGAGACAUUUUAUCCAAAAAUUACCCAAUAGCUCAAAAAAGAGACCUUUCAAUUCGACCACUGUUUAAGUCACAUUAUAAAUGUAACAUAAUCAGAUAUUGUCCCUUUCCCCGCUUAGAUGCAGGUGCUCUUUGCUCAAAUCAGCGGCAUAUUCACAAUAUUUGAGUGCAUAACUACAAAGAGAAAAUCAUAUUUUGUUCCCUUGAAACUAAAUUCAUUCAUUUACAUAGAUCAAAGUUCUUUCUUUUAUGAAACAUGAAAAAUUCUCCUUGUUUCUUUCUCAUUCUAUUUCUUGUUAAAAUCAAUAACAAGAAGCGUCGCAGCAAGCCUUUUUGCCAUAUUAUUUUGUCACAAAAUUUAACCAUUUAACGUUGCACCAGUUAUAAAACGAGCAAUAGGCAAAUGUGUACAAAAAUAUCAAUUUCAUACUCUGUUAUGCGUGCAAAAUGUGCAUGACAUCUUUAGUAAACAGGCAUUUGAAAGCUAGCAAACAAAGCCCAUCUGCUGUGUUGCUCCAAGUUCGCUGUUUCACCAAACUCAAUAUCCUGAAUAUUAUUUUAUGAACGUAUUCUCAGCAUCUGGGUAAACAGAAGAUAAGCUUUAUGGAAACUUGCGCGGCUGGUCUUUUGCUGUGAUGCUGCAAAUAGAGCUACUGUAUAAUCCCGAUAACUCGAAACCCCGAUAACUCGCAACCCCGAUAACUCGAAACCCCGAUAACUCGAAACCCCGAUAACUCGAAACCCCGAUAACUCGAAACCCCGAUAACUCGAAACCCCGAUAACUCGAAACCCCGAUAACUCGAAACCCCGAUAACUGAACCAUUUUCGCAUUGCUUCCAAAUUAACUGCGAUUAGAAUGUUUACACAAUAUUUUCAGAGAAUGUUUAAAUUCAAUCAAAACUGAUAUGUCAGUCUUGUAAUUAUUAGUCUUUUAACUCUAAGUUAAGCUGCACGUUAUUAUAAAUCACUGUUCUGAUAGUUUGUAAAUAAGAUGCCUAUAAAAUGAAACACCGUAUGAAAGUCUGAA